UUUGCCAAACCUCCCCCAAAUUUCCCCGAAACCCCCCCAAAUUUUUCCCAAACCCCCCCAAACCCCCCCCUGCCCCCCCCUGGCUGGCGGGAGUUCUGCCAGCGCCAGGCCCGUGCCGCCGCCCGCGACUUCGCGCUGCGGUUCCGGCUCUUCGUGUCGGCGCAGCCGCAGCUCCGCGGCCCCGGCGCCGCCGCCGCCUUCUCGCGCCGCUUCGCCAGGAACUUUCUGGAACAUUUCCAGGCCGAGGUGGCGCGGGCGGGGCGGGGAGCGGCGGAAUUCGGGGAGAAAUCAGCGGAAAUCGGCAAAAAAGAGGUGGAAAUCGGCGAAAAAGCGGCGGAAAUCGGCACGAAACUGGUGGAAAUCAGCACAAAAUCGGCAGAAAUUGAUCCAAAAUGGGCUGAGACUGGACAGAAAUCAGCGGAAUUCGGCCCGAAAUCAGCAGAAAUCAGCCCAAAAUCAACCAUUUGCCCGAUAUUCGCUGAAAUCGGCCCAAAAUCAGCAGAAAUCAGCCCGAAAUGGGCUGAGAUUGGGCGGAAAUCGGCAGAAUCCGGCACAAAAUCGGCCGAAAUCAGCCCAAGAUCAGCAGUAACCAGCCCAAGAUCAGCAGAAAUCGGCUCAAAAUCGGCAGAAUUCAGCCCAAAAUCGGCAGAAAUCGGCCCAAAAUCGGUGGAAAUCGGCCCAAAAUGGGCUGAGACUGGACAGAAAUCGGCAGAAUUCGGCCCAAAAUCAGCAGAAAUCGGCCCAAAAUCAGCUGAAAUCGGCCCAAAAUGGGCUGAGACUGGGUGGAAAUCGCCGGAAUUCGGCCCAAAAUCGGCAGAAAUCGGCGCAAAAUCAGUGAUUUGCCCGAAAUUCGCUGAAAUCGGCCCAAAAUCGGCAGAAAUCAGCCCGAAAUGGGCUGAGAUUGGGCGGAAAUCGGCAGAAUCCGGCACAAAAUCGUCGGAAUUCGGCACAAAAUCGGUGGAAAUAGGCGCGAAAUCAGCAGAAUUCAACCCAAAAUCGGCAGAAAUCGGCCCAAAAUCGGCAGAAAUUGGCCCAAAAUGGGCUGAGACUGGGUGGAAAUCGCCGGAAACCAACACAAAAUCGACCAUUUGCCCGAUAUUCACUGAAAUUGGCCCAAAAUCAGCAGAAAUCGGCCCAAAAUGGGCUGAGAUUGGGUGGAAAUCGCCAGAAACUGGCGCAAAAUCGGUGAUUUGCCCAAAAUCGGCAGAAAUCGGCCCGAAAUCGGCAGAAAUCAGCCCAAAAUUGAUUGAAAAUGGCACAAAAUCAGCUGAAAUUAACCCAAAAUGGGAUGAGAUUGGGCCAAAAUCGGCGAUUUGCCCAAAAUCGGCAGAAAUUGGCAGAAAUUUGGCUGAAGUCGGCCCAAGAUUGUCAGAAAUUGAUCCAAAAUGGGCCGAAAUUAACCCAAAAUCAGCAGAUUUUGACCCACAAUGGGCUGAGAUUGGGCCAAAAUCAGCUGAGAUUUGCCGAAAUUUGGCAGAAAUUGGCCCAAAAUUGUGUGAGACUGAUGCAAAAUGGGCAGAAAACGCCUCAAAAUGCGCAGAAAUCGACCCAAAACUGGCGGAAAUCGCCCCAAAAUGGGCUUCAAAUGGCCCAAAAGUGGCAGAAAUUGCCCCAAAAUCGCUCGAAAUCGGCCCAAAAUCGCUCGAAUUUCGCCUGAAAUCGGCGGGAAACGCCUCGAAUUUGGCGGAAAUCAACCCAAAAUCGCCUGAAAUCGCCCCAAAAUCUCCGUCCCGGAACGCCCCAAAAUCCGCCCCGAAAUUGGCCCCAAAAUCGUCGGAUUCUGCCCCAAAAUCGGCGGAUUCUGCCCCAAAACCAUCGGCCCCAAAAUCGGCGGAUUCUGCCCCAAAAUUGGUGGAUUCCGCCCCAAAAUCGUCGGCCCCAAAAUCGUCGGAUUUGGCCCCAAAAUCGUCGGAUUCCGCCCCAAAAUCAUCGGCCCCAAAAUCGUCGGAUUCCACCCCGAAAUCGGCCCCAAAAUCGGCGGAUUCUGCCCCAAAAUUGGCAGAUUCGGCCCCAAAAUCGGUGGAUUCCGCCCCAAAAUCAUCGGCCCCAAAAUCGUCGGAUUCGGCCCCAAAAUCGCGGCCGCGGCGCCGUUUCUCUCUCCGCUCCGUCGGGCGCAGCGUCCGGGGAAUGCUCCAGUGGCGCUCGGGAGAGCCCCAAAAACGCCGGAAUUCACCCCAAAACCGACAGCAACCCCAAAAUCCCCAAAAUUCACCCCAAAAUCCCCAAAAUUCACCCCAAAAUUCACCUCAAAACCGCCGCGAUUCUCCCCAAAAUUCACCCCAAAACCGCCGCGAUUCGGACCCAAAUCACCUUUGGGAUUUGACCCAAAAUCUCCGGAAUUCGCCCCAAAACGAGAAUCCCGAAAAGCCCCAAAAUCGCCGGAAUUCGCCCCAAAAUGAGAACCCCGAGAAGCCCCAAAAUCGCCGGAAUUCGCCCCAAAAGGAGCCCCCGGGACGCGCCCCUCCCCCCCCGCGGCCGCGUGGGACCCCCCAGGAGCCGCUGCCGGAGCCGCGCCCGAGCCCCCCGGACGAUUUCGACGCCCCCUCGGACUCGGAGAGCGCCGAUCUGCUGCCACCAGGAGCUCUGGGGGGUCUCUCGGCCCCUCCCCCACCCCCGGAGCGGCCGCAGCGCCCCGAGAGCCGAGCCGGGGGUGAGGAUUUUGGGGGAAAUUCGGGGGGUUUUGGGCAAUUUUGGGGAGCCUGGGCCGCGGGGGGCGUGGCCUGGGCCGCGGGGGGCGUGGCCUGGGCCGCGGGGGGCGUGGCCGCGGCGCUGGGGGCGUGGCCCUGGUUCCACGGGCCGCUGUCGCGCAUGCGCGCGGCGCAGCUGGUGCUGCAGGGGGGGAGGGGCGGCCACGGCGCCUUCCUGGUGCGGCAGAGCGAGACCCGGAGGGGCGACUUCGUGCUGACCUUCAACGUGCUGGGCCGGGCCAAGCACCUGCGUCUGUCGCUGAACGAGGCGGCGCAGUGCCGCGUGCAGCACCUCUGCUUCCAGAGCAUCUUCGACAUGCUGGAGCACUUCCGGGUGCACCCCAUCCCCCUGGAGUCGGGGGGCCCCGGGGACGUCACCCUGCUCAGCUACGUGGUGGCCCCCGGCCGCCUCGGCGGUCGCUCCGGAAGCCGCUCGAGCCUCGCCGACCCCUCCCCCACCGCCCCUCCCCCACCCCCGGACUGACCCCGCCCCUCCCCCCACCCCCUUUUGGGGCUCUUUUGGACA